CCUGCCGGAGCUCAUCUCUGCACUCGCUAGCGUCGGUGAGGUUCCCUCGUGGCCUCACACGCUUGUUUCCCGGUCUUAUGGCCGGUCUGACUUUGUUUGUGGGCCGUCUCCCGCCGUCGGCUCGCAGUGAGCAGCUGGAAGAGCUGUUUAGUCAGGUGGGUCCGGUGAAGCAGUGUUUCGUGGUGACUGAGAAAGGGAGUAAGGCAUGCCGAGGCUUUGGGUAUGUCACUUUCUCCAUGCUGGAAGAUGUUCAGAGGGCGCUCAAGGAGAUCACUACCUUUGAAGGUUGCAAGAUCAACGUGACUGUUGCCAAGAAAAAAGUGAAGAACAAGUCCAAGGAAAAGAAUAAUGAAAAUUCAGAGUCCCCAAAGAAGGAACCAAAGCUCAAAAAAGCCAAAGUGGCAGAUAAGAAAGCCAGAUUAAUUAUCCGGAACCUCAGCUUUAAGUGUUCAGAAGAUGACUUGAAAACAGUAUUUUCACCCUAUGGAACUGUUCUGGAAGUGAAUAUCCCAAGGAAGCCAGAUGGAAAGAUGCGUGGUUUUGCUUUUGUGCAGUUCAAAAAUCUCCUUGAAGCAGGAAAAGCUCUCAAAGGCAUGAAUAUGAAAGCGAUAAAAGGACGGACUGUGGCUGUGGAUUGGGCUGUGGCAAAGGACAAAUACAAAGAUACCCAGCCUGCUUCUGCCCCAGAUGAAAAGAAGAACAGUGAACAUGAGCAUAAGGAAUCAGGUAAAAAUGGCAGGGUGGAAGAGCAAGAAGAUGAUGAUGAAGACGAUGAUGAUAGUGAUGAAGAUGAUGAUGAAGACGAUGAUGAUAGUGAUGAAGAAGGUAGAGAAUCGACCGUGACGACACGUGUGAAAGUUCAGAAGAGAGCAGUUAAGAGAGCAGCUCCUGAGGAAAGCACUGAAGAAGACCAUUCUGAUGAGGACAGUGACCUGGAGGAAGGAGGGAGCGUUGAUGGCGAGGGACCGCUGGAGAGUGGGAGCAGUGCUGAGGAACAGGAGGAUGAAGAUGUCCCAGUCUCAAAGAAAAAGAAGAGGAAAUUACCCUCCGAUGUGAACGAAGGGAAAACUGUUUUCAUCAGAAACCUUUCAUUUGACUCAGAAGAAGAAGAUCUUGGGGAGGUCCUCCAGCAAUUUGGUGAUCUGAAGUAUGUCCGGAUUGUCUUGCAUCCAGACACGGAGCAUUCUAAAGGCUGUGCAUUUGCACAAUUCAUAUCUCAGGAAGCAGCUCAGAAAUGCCUUGCAGCUGCCUCUCCAGAGGCCGAGGGUGGUGGGCUUAAACUGGAUGGCCGGCUGCUCAAGAUUGACUUGGCUGUGACCCGUGAUGAGGCAGCAAAGCUCCAGACAAAGAAGGUGAAGAAGCCAACUGGAACCCGGAACCUCUAUCUGGCCCGAGAAGGCUUGAUCCGUGCUGGGACGAAGGCUGCCGAGGGUGUGAGUGCUGCGGAUAUGGCCAAACGAGAGCGGUUUGAGCUACUGAAACAUCAGAAACUCAAGAACCAGAAUAUCUUUGUCUCCCAGACCAGACUUUGCCUGCACAAUCUGCCAAAGGCCGUGGAUGACAACCAGCUGAGGAAGCUGCUGCUGAGUGCCACUAGAGGCGAGAAGGGCGUGUGCAUCAAGGAGUGUAGAGUGAUGCGGGAUCUUAAACCAGUUCAUGGAAAAAUGAAGGGUCAGUCCCUGGGCUAUGCCUUUGCAGAGUUCCAAAAGCAUGAGCAUGCCCUCAGAGCCCUCCGCCACAUCAACAACAACCCAGAAAUAUUUGGGUCUCAGAAGAGACCAAUAGUGGAGUUCUCGUUAGAAGAUCGAAGGAAACUUAAAGUAAAGGAGCUGAGGAUCCAACGCAGCCUGCAAAAAAUGAAAUCUAAGCCUGUAACCAGUGAGCCCCAAAAGGGGCAAAAAGAACUUGGAAAAGACAAGCAACAAAAAGCAGUGAGCCCUACACAGGAUCAAAGUCAGGCUUCUGGAGAGCAGAAAGGGAAGGCCCGCCCCACAUCGUGGACAGGGUUCCAGACCAAGGCUGAAGUGGAGCAGGUGGAGCUGCCUGAUGGGAAGAAGAGAAGAAAGGUCCUGGCGCUCCCUUCACACCGAGGCCCCAAAAUUAGGUUGCGGGACAAAGGCAAAGUGAAAUCCCUUCCUCCUAAGAAGCCAAAGCCCCAGACAGGCCACCGGAAGCAGAAGAAGCAGCAGUUACUUUCUUCCCUGCAAGUGCCGAAGAAAAAGGCUAAGGAAAGUAAGGCAGAAUCCCACUUCAACCAACUGGUUGAACAGUAUAAGCAGAAAUUGUUGGGGCCUUCUAAAGGGGCACCCCUGAUGAAGAGAAGCAAAUGGUUUGAUACUUGAUGCUGCCUGCAGAAAGCCAUGUCUUGACUGAGGGAAAGAGCAUCCCAGAGGAUGCCCCGUGCUUGGGGACUCUGUAGCUCUGUACAUUCUUGGUCCCUUCUCCAGUGUGGAAGGGAAAUACCUGGAGAACACCAUGAGUUCUUACACUCUCCCCAGAUCAUUGCUGGAGCUUUACUUGUCAUUGUGAUUCCUUCUAUUUCCUUCUUCGAUGGAAACUAUUGUAAAAAAGUGUUUUGGAGUACUGAAUUUUUAAGGUGCAUAUUUUGUUAUGGAGUCUGUAAAUGAGGAAUUGUGACUUUUGGAUGUGUCUCAUUUUUAAUAUACACAAAUACAUUAUUUAUGAGAUUUUUUUCAUAAAUGAACAUUUUAAAUUCAGUUGCAUAGUCUGCAAGAGCUAAGAACGGAGAAAACUGUUUAUUACCAUA